AAUUAGAGGCUCACUUGCUAAAUUGCCUCACACGAUGGCUCAACCACCCUUGUACCCAAGCUUGACUCCUCGGCUUGUUGAUCCAGCUUGGUUCCAGGUAGACAAGCCAGUCGACCUCGCACAGGAACUCAAGGAACAAGAGCAGAUGUAUCAGGCUCAGAUUCAAGGAAUCCAGCAAAAGGGCAAUGAUAUUUUACCCAUUGGAAAAAGUGCUGCUGAGCAAUAUAGUGAAGAUGAAGAGGAUGACAAUGAUGAUGAAUAUGACGACGACGACAAUGAUGACGACGAAGAGGAAGAUGAUGACUCAGAAAUGAAUGAUGAUUACUCUGACCCGAUGUUGCAUUAG